CCCUACACUAUAUACCUGUGGAGUUAUUUGUUUGUUUUUUUCCCCCGCUGUAUUUCAACUACAUCCUCUAGCGAAAGUCUGGUUGUUUUCUGCAGUGAAUUUUUGAUCAGGCGCUCUUCGGACAGGCACGCCGUACAGAAGUAGUCGAUUUAUUAUUUUCGUGGGGGCCUGUAAAUUUCACUCUGGAGAGCGAGUAAAGAUGGCGGACGUGCUAAGUGUUCUCCGUCAGUACAACAUCCAGAAAAAAGAAAUCGUCGCCAAGGGAGAUGAAGUUAUCUUCGGCGAAUUCUCCUGGCCCAAAAAUGUCAAAACGAACUAUGUCAUCUGGGGAACAGGGAAGGAGGGUCAACCCAAAGAAUACUACACAUUGGAUUCCAUCUUGUUCCUGCUGAACAAUGUGCAUCUCCCUCACCCUUCCUAUGUGCGGAGGGCUGCAACAGAGAACAUUCCUGUGGUGAGAAGACCUGACAGAAAAGAUUUGCUGGCCUAUCUAAAUGGUGAAAGUUCUACAUCUGCAAGUAUUGACAGAAGUGCACCUAUUGAGAUUGGUUUGCAAAGACCAACACAAGUUAAAAGAGCAGCAGACGACGCAUCAUCAGAGGCAAAAAAGCCAAGGAUAGAGGAUGAAGAACGAGUGCGUCUUGACAAGGAGCGGUUGGCGGCCCGUUUGGAAGGGCACAAGGAAGGCAUUGUGCAAACAGAUCAGAUUAGGUCUUUGUCAGAAGCCAUGUCUGUUGAAAAGAUUGCGGCCAUCAAAGCCAAGAUUAUGGCCAAGAAAAGGUCAACAAUCAAAACUGACUUGGACGAUGACAUUACUGCACUGAAACAGAGAAGUUUUGUGGAUGCUGAGGUGGACACAACUCGAGACAUUGUCAGCAGGGAGAGAGUAUGGCGAACAAGGACAACAAUUUUACAAAGCAGUGGAAAGAACUUUGCCAAGAACAUCUUUGCAAUUCUCCAGUCUGUGAAAGCCAGAGAAGAGGGACGUGCCCCUGAACAGAGACCAACACAGAAUGCAACACAGGCGGAUCCUUCCUUAAGGAACAAACAACCAGUGCCAGCUGCUUACAACAGAUAUGAUCAGGAAAGAUUCAAAGGGAAAGAAGAAACUGAGGGUUUCAAGAUUGAUACCAUGGGUACUUACCACGGCAUGACCUUGAAGUCGGUGACGGAAGGGGCUUCAGCCAGGAAAGCACAGACACCAGCAGUUCAGCCUGUUCCAAGACCAGUGUCUCAGGCCAGACCUCCUCCAAACCAAAAGAAGGGCUCUCGAACCCCUAUCGUCAUCAUCCCUGCUGCCACUACGUCAUUAAUUACCAUGCUAAAUGCAAAGGAUCUUUUGCAGGAUUUAAAGUUUGUAACAUCUGAGGAAAAGAAGAAGCAAGGCUUUCAGCGAGAAAACGAAGUCUUGCUCCAGAGGCGAAAGGAUGUGGUCCAGCCUGGUGGGACCAAUCUCAGUGUAACAGUACCUUACAGGGUGAUAGACCAACCCCUCAAGCUUGCACCCCAAGACUGGGAUCGAGUUGUGGCAGUAUUUGUGCAGGGUCCUGCUUGGCAGUUCAAGGGCUGGCCAUGGGUCCUGCCUGAUGGGUCACCUGUUGAUAUUUUUGCAAAAAUCAGAGCAUUCCACCUCAAGUAUGAUGAGGUAAAGGUGGAUCCCAAUGUGCAGAAGUGGGAUGUGACAGUGUUGGAACUAAGCCAUCACAAAAGGCAUUUGGACAGACCUAUUUUUUUGCGUUUCUGGGAGACGCUGGACAGGUACAUGGUGAAGCACAAAUCCCACUUGAGAUUCUGAGUCUACAGUCACUGACUUUCUGGUGGUUGGAUUAAGAAGUAUGAAUGUUUUAACCAGUGUGUUCAAGAACUGUCAGGAGCUUCAUCAGACAAGAGCAGCUCGCAUCCACUCGAACCUGUUUGUUGAAGGAUAUUCUGUGCUGGCAAAAUGAUCGGUGUCUACCUUAGCUUAAAGUAAACAUUUUUGUGGGUUUUUUUCCAGUUCUUUUCAGACUUUAGGCUGUCAUCUAGUAAGGAUACCAAAAGUGUAUAUUUUCAUAGCUGUUCAUUUUGUUUUCAUUCUUGAAAUCCCUACAUUUUAUUUUUACCCCACGUUUUUUUUUUUUUUUUUUUUUCUUCAAAUUGAGUGGAAAUAAAUAAUUAAAUAAAAAAAAAGUGCUGGUGAUUUAUAUGAUGAUGCCACUUGUUGCAGGGUUUGUUUAUAUAUAUAUUGUCGUGGAAGUUUUGAUAUUAACCCCCUGUAACAGAGACUCAGACAAGGUUGUUAGGAAGCCCCGAGCAAAGUGUUCUGACUACGCAGAGUCAUUAAGCAUAACAUAUACCUUGCAGCCUACAGUUAUUGCGAGCCAGUUAUGGCCCUAAAAUCUCAGACCUGGCCAUUGAUGGUGGUAGGUCAAACUUGAUAACCAUAGAAGUGAAUAAGGGACAACACCCAUCUUCAAGUCUCAAAAUAUGUGAAGUGGAGGAACAUACUGUAAACUGUAAAGAAGAGUCUCCAUUAUCCAAAUUCUGACUGAACUCUUCUCAUAUCAGGAAAUGGUGAAAUAAAACAUUUACUUAGUUUCUUGGCACAUUUAUUUUUUGUUAUUUACAGUAUCACACUGUAUUUAGGAGAUAAGCAGUGCAGUCAUGCUCACCAGCAAAGGUCUUAGAGGUCACCUGUGUCUGCUUUUCGAGCAAAUAUUUAACACUUUUCUUAAUGACUAUUCUCUAUUAAGUAGUGCAAAUGAUGUGUCUUGUCAUAAACUGCUUGAAUAUUGAAUAUGAAACGGUUGACAGUUGAAAUGAUCCAUUCUCUGGUUAUAUAUGAAUAAUUAUGUUGUCCAAGCAGGGAUCUGUUCACAAUUACUUAAAAUAAAAGUUUCAGGUGUUCAAGAUAUUAGCCUUUUUGGCUAGUGGGUUACAAACGUGUUUGAAACUGCUUCCAUUUGAAUUAAGGGAUUGAUGUUGUACAUGCCCCCUAGUUUUGGGACCUACACUGUUGUUAAUCUACAUGCCUAAAUAAAUAAAUGGACUAUCUGUUUUUCCUUAA